GCCGCAUAACACCAUCACCAUUAUAUGCCCUCCUUUUUUUCUUUCAAAUUAAUUUUUUUUUUAAUUCAAAUCCAAAAUUAAUAGAUUUAUCCAUUUUGCCCUCCUCAUUAAUUUUCCUCCUGAUCGAAUUUCUCCUCCUUCCAUUUAAAGCUAAAAAGAUUCCAAUUUUCCUCAAAAAUUCCCCCCCUCAAAACCCUAGCCUAGCCUAUAGCCGAUCCGAUCCAGUCGCAAACAUGAUGUCGAGAUCGUACACCAACCUCCUCGAUCUCGCGUCGGGAAACUUCCCGGCGAUCUCCGGAGGAGGAGGAGGCGGCGGCCUCCGAUCGAAGCGCCUCUCCCGCGUGAUGACUGUCCCCGGAACUCUAACCGAGCUCGAGGAGGAGGAGCGCGCCAACAGCGUCUCCUCCGACGUCCCCUCCUCCCUCGUCUCGGAUCGGAUCAUCAUCGUUGCGAAUCAGCUACCCGUUAAGGCCAAGCGCAGACCCGAUAACAGCGGCUGGAGCUUCUCUUGGGACGAAGAUUCUCUCCUCCUCCAACUCAAAGACGGCCUCCCUGAUGAUAUGGAGGUGAUCUAUGUCGGAUCUCUUCGGGUCGAGGUCGCGAGCGACGAACAGGAUGACGUGUCUCAGUCUCUCCUUGAGAGGUUCAAGUGCGUUCCGGCGUUUCUGCCCACGGAUUUGCUCGACAAGUUCUACCAUGGGUUCUGUAAGCAACUGCUUUGGCCGCUGUUUCAUUACAUGUUGCCCUUUUCUGCAGAUCAUGGUGGCAGAUUCGAUCGGUCGCUGUGGGAGGCUUAUGUGCUUGCAAAUAAGUUGUUUUCCCAGAAGGUGAUUGAGGUGAUUAACCCUGAGGAUGAUUAUGUUUGGAUCCACGACUACCAUUUGAUGGCCCUGCCUACUUUUUUGAGGAGGAGGUUUAAUAGAUUGAGAAUGGGGUUUUUUCUUCAUAGCCCGUUCCCGUCUUCGGAGAUUUAUAGGUCGCUUCCUGUGAGAUUGGAGAUCCUGAAGGCGUUACUGAAUUGCGAUUUGAUUGGGUUUCAUACUUUUGACUAUGCGAGGCAUUUCCUUUCUUGUUGUAGUAGGAUGUUGGGUAUCGAGUAUCAGUCCAAGAGAGGGUACAUUGGGUUGGAGUAUUUUGGGAGGACUGUUGGGAUUAAGAUUAUGCCGGUCGGGAUUCAUAUGGGUCAGAUUGAGACGACCUUAUCGAUGCCCGAUAGGGAAUGGAGGGUCAAUGAGCUCAAGCAGCAGUUUGAGGGAAAGACUAUUUUUUUGGGUGUUGAUGAUAUGGAUAUAUUUAAAGGGAUCAAUUUGAAGUUGCUUGCUUUUGAGCAGCUGUUGAAGCUGCAUCCGAAGUGGCAAGGGAGGGCAGUUCUUGUUCAGAUUGCUAAUCCGGCUAGGGGGAGAGGGAGAGAUCUUGAGGAGAUACAGGCCGAGAUAGCAGAGAGCUGUAGAAGGAUUAGUACCCAAUUUGGGAAUGAUGGGUAUAGCCCGGUGUUGUUUAUUGAUCGACCUAUGUCUGCAGCUGAGAGGAUUGCUUACUAUACUGUUGCUGAAUGUGUUGUGGUUACUCCUGUUAGGGAUGGAAUGAAUCUUACCCCUUAUGAGUACAUUGUGUGUCGACAUGGGCUUAAUGAGUCUCAGUCAGGGUCGGAGCUUGCAGGACCGAGGAAGAGCAUGCUGGUGGUCUCGGAGUUCAUUGGAUGCUCUCCCUCUCUAAGUGGGGCUAUCCGUGUCAAUCCUUGGAACACUGAUGCCACGGCUGAGGCACUGAAUGAGGCUAUAUCAAUGUCAGAGUCUGAGAAGCAGCUGAGGCACGAGAAGCAUUACAAAUAUGUGAGCACCCAUGAUGUGGCUUACUGGGCAAAGAGCUUCUUGCUAGACUUGGAGAGAUGCUGCAAGGAUCAUUUCAGAAGGAGAUGUUGGGGGAUCGGGUUAGGAUUCGGUUUCAGAGUAGUGGCUCUUGAUCCGAAUUUCAGGAAGUUAAAUGUGGAUGCUAUUGUUUCGGCGUAUGAGAGGUCCAAGAGCAGGGCGAUAUUUUUGGAUUAUGAUGGAACUAUGACGCCCCAGACGGCCAUUGACAAGACUCCAAGUGCAGAAGUCAUCUCAAUCCUUAAUACUCUCUGUGCUGAUAAGAACAAUGUGGUGUUUAUUGUUAGUGGAAGAGGAAGGAAUAGCUUAGGGACAUGGUUUUCACCAUGCAAAAAGCUUGGAAUCGCAGCAGAACAUGGCUAUUUCUUAAGGUGGAAUAAGGAUGAAGACUGGGAAACCUGCAGCCAGGGGAGUACUGACUUCAGAUGGAUGCAAAUGGCUGAACCAGUUAUGAAACUGUAUACAGAAUCUACAGAUGGAUCAUAUAUGGAAGCUAAAGAAAGCGCCCUUGUAUGGCACCAUCAAGAUGCCGACCCAGGGUUUGGAUCUGCACAGGCUAAAGAGAUGCUUGAGCAUCUAGAGAGUGUUCUUGCAAAUGAACCAGCCUCUGUGAAGCCUGGCCAGUUUAUUGUAGAAGUGAAGCCUCAGGGUGUGAGCAAAGGCGUUGUAGCCGAGAAAAUCUUAUCAACUAUGGUCGAAGGCAAAAGACAAGCAGACUUUGUCCUCUGCAUCGGUGAUGACAGAUCUGAUGAGGACAUGUUUGAAGGCAUCGCUGGCGUCAAGGCUAAGGACUUGGUCGCCGCUACCACAUCAGUAUUCGCUUGUACAGUAGGCCAAAAACCAAGCAAAGCCAGGUAUUAUCUUGAUGACUCCCACGAUGUCAUCAACAUGCUGUCUGCUCUUGCAGACGUCACAGAUCCCUCUUCACCUACACCUGAGCCUGGAUCCCCUGCAUCAGAGCCCGAGGCCGAAGAUUCUCCUCCACUUGAGGUCCGUUUCAAUAAGUUACCUACCCCCUUGUAACAGAAAAGGAAUUGAAACCCAAAUUUGGGUUUCAUAGCAAAUGAUAUUGUUCAUACUUUCUUCUAAUCGGGUGAUUACUGUUUUUGGGGGAGGGGUUGAGAUUAUGGAGAUCAACGUGCAUGGAUGGAUAGCCGCACAAGGGGCUAAUUCUCCCGAGUGAUAGAGCAAUUUUUGUGCAGUGGAGAGGGUCCAGUGCUGACAUGAGAUUUAAGAGGGUGUGAAAUGAUUGAUUUGUUGAUGAACUGGGACAUUGCUGAUAACAAAAGGUUUGCUGCUUCUAGUAGUGAUAAUUUUAUUCAAGAAUUUUCUUUUCGUAGUCAUGUCAGGUAAUUUUUUGUAUAAGUUAAUGAUAGGCUUUGGUUGUGUCAAAAAUAUUCUUUUGGCAUGAAAACAAUGACAUGGUACUAUAAUGAAAGGCUAAGGGGUAGGUGAGAACACUGGGAAGUAUUGAGGUCCAUGAUCCAUUUGUGAUUCGCUGGA